GCUAGUUUGCACCGCGGCGAAGCUGUUUCAGUUCACGCAGCGACGUCGUGCCGCACGCAUCGGCACGCACCGCACGCACCUGUUCGUCGCGAGGCGAGCGUCGAAAUCGGCCCCGAUUCCUCUCGUCGGGGCUAAAGCCACGUCGAUGCGGGAUACUCUCGGGUGAGCGCGUGAAUUGGGAAAUCUCGCGAAAUUGAGCGGCCGAGACGGACAAGAUGACAGACCCCGAGGAAACCGAUUGUCACCCGUGACGUCGGCGACGGUCGAAAUGUUCGCGGACCUCGAUUUGCUCCGGUCAACUGCCUCUAGUUCGUAGUGAAGUGCCAGAUCCCUCGUGCACCGCCGGUGACCGGAAGUUGCGCAUUCCGCGGUUGUGAUAAAUCGCCGGGAGAGAACGUUCGCCAGUAAUCGCGGAUCGUCCGUCGUGUCUGACUACCGGAGCACCGAGACAUCAUUUACGAAACAGCGUCGACUAUGGUGGUUCUGAGUCGCGUGGGGUCGCCGACGAUGUCAGCGACUGUCGCCGGCAACCAGCAACAGCAGCAUCCUCAUCAGGAGUGGGACAUAAAUGAUUCUAACGUGCCGAGAGUGGUGGAAUACGAUCCCUGGUGCGAAUGGGCGGACGGACACGUGAGGAGAGUCUACGGGCCGGAUUGCGAGGAAGCGAGAAAGCACGCCUCCGGUUGGGCGAUGAGGAACACCAACAAUCAUAACGUGGCGAUCCUGAAGAAGAGUUGCCUGGGCGUUCUGGUGUGCUCCCAGGAGUGCAUACUACCCGGCGGUGGAAGGGUUCACCUCCGACCGGCGAUCUGCGAUAAGGCGAGGAAGAAGCAACAGGGUAAACCGUGUCCCAACAGACAGUGCACCGGCCGCCUCGAGAUACUGUCGUGUCGCGGACACUGCGGCUAUCCCGUGACGCACUUCUGGCGGCACACCGAACACGCGAUCUUUUUCCAAGCUAAGGGCCAACACGAUCAUCCGCGACCGGAGGCUAAGUCUACGUCGGAGGCGAGAAGGAGCGUGGGUGCCGGCAGAAGAGUCAGAGGGCUGGCGGUCCUCUUGACGAGGGAGGCCGCUUUGGGCACCAAAUUAAUGUCGCUGAGAGGAACUAAAAGACCGAGCACGGACACACUCGAGCAGCCACCGAGAGCGACGCAGCCGCCACCAUUGAUCUCCGACAAAGGAUAUUCGUGCUCCUGCCCGCCCUUCGAGUGCAUGUGCUCGCUGCAGACGAACGUACCGUCGUAUCCGCAGUCCCAUCAUCACCAAACGACGGUGUACUCUCAACAAUUGCCGCCCGCGGACGGACCUUACUGGCUGCAGGACGUACCGGCGCAGGAGAACACCGUCGCAUAUUGCCUGCCGAAUCAGGUGCCACAGGAAGCAUCAUACGGCGACUUCCCGCCUUUCGCGGGCGAUCUCUUUCAGCCGGAGGAAAUUUUCCAACUGGAUCAACCGCUGAGGCCAGAUUUCCCGAAUCCUCAAGACGUAGCGGCUCGCUCGCCGCCUACUUUGCUCGACCUCGGCAGCGGCACCAUCAAGUACGAGGUGAAACAACAGAACCAAGAUCAAGCUUACUGGAAUCAGUUCCUCAGCGAGGACUCCAGCAGCAGUCAUUUGAGCCUGCCUGCUCAGGACGAGAGGCUACAAUUCCCCGGCUUCGAGCCCGAAAAGGACUCCAACAGCAUACCGCCCAGAAGGACGAUGCAUCAUUAUGUCCAAGAGAAGGAUCACGGUCAGGGUCAUCCUGUGAAUGACGCGCUGCAUUAUCAGAGUUACUUCCGACCGCAGAAUCAGAAGGGCUUCGUCGACGGCAACUCGAAGAGCGAGCACGAGCAGCAGUCUUACUGGCCGCAAGAUCAGCAAGACAAUCGGCUGCACUUUCCAGGUUUCGAGGUGAAAGAGGAAGACCUGCUGCCGUCUCGCAGGGAAGUCGAUUGUUACAACAAUAGAAACGGUUGUCAGACUUCACUGACCGGCAGAACGGAGUACAAUAAUCUCUACCAGAGACCAAAAAGCGAGGAUACGCAAGAGGCGGUACGUGGCAGUCGCAGUCCCGAAGAUAGACCGUAUCCCUUUGAUGGGUAUCAUCAUCAGAUGUUCGAUCACGGCGACGGCAAAACUCAGCCGCACAGCCGCGUCGCUCAUCAUCAAAACACUACCAGAAUGAAUCUGGACGAUAGACUUCAGGCUUACGACAGCCACGAGGCCACAGAGACCGCGGACAGGCUUUUCCACGGAUCCGGCGCGAUGGAAACGCCGACAGUUCAGUCGCAGAACAGUCAAGAACCGUUCUUCUACCCGAACAACGAGCGCUGCCACUACACCUGCGAGAUCCUGGACCGCUUGCCGCAAAUGAUGAACAACGUUCCGGGAGCGACGGCUCACGGGACGAACGUCAACAAUUACGGCGAGCAGGUCGCCGCCGAUCUGGACUUGCCACCCUUUGUCGAUUACACGCUAGUCGGGAUGCUGUGCAGUUCCGCGGACGAGGAGGCAGCAUCGAGCCUGUUGCCAGCGGGAUGCUCGCAGGACUCACACAGCUACGUUCCUCAUCAUUAGAAUACAUUCCACACCGUCGCUACACUCUACUCAUUUGUAUUAUAUCAUAUAAAUAAAUAUAAGAUAGUUGCACGCUGUCUCUUUGAGAGUCAA